GCCGUCCUGUCGUGCUACUUCCCGCACUACCGCAAGCUGCACUACUGGGCAAAGUCGACCCUGUUUGCGCCCGGCUUGCCGCGCAAGAUCCUCCUCGACGCUGGCAACAUCCCCGUCGACCGCAAGACCAAGGACAACCAGAAGCUGUUUGCGGCGAGCUUCGACGCGCUCAAGUGCGGCGAGGCCAUUGCCGUCUUUCCCGAGGGUGGCUCGUGCACGGUGCACGAGCUCCCCGCGCUCAAGGACGGCGCGUCGUGGGCCGCGCUCGAGUACGCCAAGAACCUGCGCGACCCGGCGCAGCGCACGCGCUUCUCGGACGGCUCGAGGUGCGACAAGGAGCCGGUCGACGUCGUCAUCUGCGUGGCCGGCAUCGCCUACAGCGACAAGACCAAGUACCGUGCUUCAGCUACGAUGGAGUGCGUCGGCCCCUCUCUCUCUCUCUCUCCCACUCUCUCUCGGGAAACCGUCACUGACGUCGUCCCGGUCGGUGCGCAGGUUCGGCCCGACCCUGUCGGUGACGCCCUACGUCGACGAAUUCCUCGUGUCGCCCAAGACGGCCGUCAAGAAGCUCACGGCGCGCAUCCACCUCGAGUUGACGAGGGUCACGGUCAACGCGCCCGACUGGGAGUCGCGCCACGCCGCCAUGAUGGCCCGCAAGAUCCUCUGGCCCGACGACCGCAAGUUGCCGCUCGAGAACUUGCGCAAGAUUGA